UCCGUAUGGAGCGGGUGUAAGCGGAGGAGUGGGCGGAAACCCCUCCGGAUGCGUUCGUUCCCAGGUGGAGCUGCAUGUGAUAUAUGUUGGGUAAAGGCGAAAAGCGGAAGUUUGAUGAGUAUGAAGAUGGGCUGGAAGGCAAAGGCGUGUCUCCCUCCGACGGUCCAUCUAAGGUGUCGUACACCUUACAGCGCCAGGCUGUCUUCAACAUUUCCCUUAUGAAACUCUACACCCACAGGCCCCUGACCGAGCCCAGCUUGCAGAAGACUGUUUUAAUCAACAACAUGUUGAGGCGAAUCCAGGAGGAGCUCAAGCAGGAAGGCAGCCUGCGGCCCAUGUUUGCCACCUCCUCCCAGCCCAGCGACUCCCUGAGUGACAGCUACCGAGAGACCCCGCCGGCCUUCAGCCACCCUGUGUCCCUGCCCGCCCUGCCCUGCGACCUGGGGGGCACCGCACCCCUGGAGGCCUGCCUCACCCCGGCCUCGCUGCUCGAGGACGACGAUGACACUUUUUGCACUGCCCAGGCCGCGCCUGGGGCGCCCCCCAAGCCCUGCCCCUCACUGCUCCCUCCAGAAAAGGACAGCUUCUCCUCUGCUCUGGACGAGAUCGAGGAGCUCUGUCCCACAUCUACCUCCACCGAGGCCGCAGCAGCCACCACCGACAGCUUGAAAGGGAACCCCAGCGCCUCGAAACUCGAGGGGCUCCCCGAGGGCCGGACAGAGGACCCGAAGCUCAUGGACUCUCUGCCCGGGAACUUUGAGAUAACCACCUCCACAGGGUUCCUGACAGACUUGACCCUGGAUGACAUCCUGUUUGCAGACAUCGAUACGUCCAUGUAUGAUUUUGACCCCUGCACGUCCACAUCGGGGACAGCCUCGAAAAUGGCCCCCGUGUCAGCCGACGACCUCCUCAAGACCCUCGCCCCUUACAGCAGCCAGCCUGUCGCCCCGAGUCAGCCUUUCAAAAUGGACCUAACCGAGCUGGACCACAUCAUGGAGGUGCUCGUGGGGUCCUAGG